AUGAAUGGAAUAGGCACAGGGACCAAUCCAAUAAAUGCCUCCGAUCAAUCAAUCAUCAAUCUCAACGUUGGGGGUCGAAGAUUCUCCACUUCUCGAGGAACACUAACGUGGAUACCCGAUUCGUUUUUUACUAGUCUUGUAAGUGGCAGAAUCCCGACAGUCAAAGAUGAGUUAGGGGCGAUUUUCAUCGAUCGAGACCCGGAUGUUUUUCGAGUUAUCCUCAACUACUUACGAACAAAACAAGUGGAGCUACGUUCUGUGAGCGUGAGCUCUCUGAAACACGAAGCUCUCUUUUUUGGAUUGGCUCCACUUGUUCGGCGGUUGACUCUAUGUGAAGAACUCGAGGUAUCCGCUUGUGGUAGUGUUCUUUUCCACGCCCUCAUCCCAGCUCCACCACUUCCAUUGGUCGAGUCAAGUCGACCACUCACCUCACCAAAGCAACGAGCCCCGAUUGCGGCUUUUGAUGAAGAUCAUAACAAAACUCAUGCGGAAUGCUCUCGGAAUCAGCAUAAUCAUUCGUUCAAUGCGAAUAAUUUUCACAGAGAUCAAAGCUUUGAUCAACAGCUUUGGAGCGGAAACAGCACCCCGAAAAGCAGUUACGGUUACAGGAGAUCCGGCCCUGAAUUUACCCGAUAUAUCAAAAAUGAGCUCUCCGAAUUGCUGGCGGUGCGUUGUGAGACGGGCAAGCAUUUGGCCGUUUCAACCGGAGAUGAUUCAACGGAUACACUCCGUGUACGCAUAAUUCGUGCUCAUCACAACUCGAUUGCAGUCGCAUAUGCUUAUUAUGUCUGUGUGUACAGAGUGAAAGAAUCAGUCGGCUGGAAAUCUGCGUACAGAUCACCGAAAAUGCCAUCACUUGUGAAGCACGUCGCGUUACACACGAAAUUCGGCUCUCAAUCGACGGAGAAAAUGCUGGCAGUGGCGUUGGAUGAUGGAGAUGUCUGUUUGUGGAAUCUUGGAGAAGAGAAUGGGGUGACCGUAGGCAAAUAUUCGUUGGGUGUGGCUGUCGAUAAACUUUUCUUCAUUGGCAGUCAAAUGGUGGCGUUGAGUCGAACGGGCAAAGUCGGGAUCUGGCAUUCGAUGACUGGGAAUUGGCAAGUGCAAGAUGUUGUCGCUAUUUCCUGUUAUGACACAGCCGGUUCAUCACUUCUUCUCGGGUGCACAAAUGGAUCGAUGUAUUACAUUGAUAUGCAGAAAUUUCCACUUCGAAUGAAAGACAACGAUCUGUUGGUGACUGAGCUUUAUCGGGAUCCGAAUGGAGAUGCGAUCACGGCGAUUUCUGUUUAUCUGACACCAAAAACGAAUCUUUGUGGCAACUGGAUCGAAAUCGCUUACGGGACCUCGUCGGGAGCUGUUCGUGUCAUCGUUCAACAUCCAGAAACGGUUGGUCAUGGGCCGCAACUCUUCCAAACGUACACCGUUCACAAUUCCCCAGUGACCCGUGUCGCCUUGACGACCAAUCAUUUGAUAAGUGUUUGUGCUGAAUACAAUCACGUGCGCUCAUGGGGAGUGACGAGGUUUCGUGGAAUGAUCAGCACACAGCCAGGAAGCACAAGCUUGGCUUCGUUUAAAGUGCUCACUCUGGAUAGCGCAGAUGAUCCGCUGGAUAGGGAACACACUGAUCCGGGGCCAUACGGUGAUCAAGAUGGAGAGCAAGUGUUUGUUCAAAGAGUCGUCCCUGAUACAAAUCAUGUUUUUGUACGAUUAGCAUCUACGGGAGAUCGACUCUGCACCAUUCGAUCUGUUGAUGGAUCGGCGAUCACAGCUUUCACCGUGCACGAGUGCGAAGGAGGCGCCAUAAGAAUGGGUAGCCGUCCGAGAAGAUACCUCUUCACCGGGACAUCAAAUGGAUGUGUUCAAAUGUGGGAUCUGACAACAGCUCUCGAUCAGUACAACACCUCAAAGGGAUGCGCAAAUGGAAAUCAGAUCAUCAACGCUUCCGGAGCUGGUUGUGGCAUGCAGGGAAAUCAGCUUCAACAAGGGGCAAAUCCGCCUUCACAAGAGAAAAUCCACCAACAAGUAAGACUUCCACUCGGAGUGAUCGGUGGAUUGCAUGGACCAUCUCCUCAAGAAUUGCUCACUCUAAUUGACGAGUGCGAGAUUUGCUGUUCACAACUCCCCUCUCCACUAUCCACUCCUCAUCACUCAGUUCCUCAUCUACCAUCACUCGACGAAACCGAUAAAAAUAAA